GCCGGGGCCUGCGUCACAUCCGGCGGCGGCCAGCUGUGUUCGCUCAUCGCCGGGAGAUGGAGGAAAAGGAUGUGACCUGACAAAGGAACCGCUCACUCACAGCACAGCCCCGCCGCGGUCGCCCCGACCCGACCCCCCUUCUCCCGUCGGAAUCGGCAGGUGGCAGGCCCCUCGGCCGCCGGCUCCGCCAUGAACGGCCUGUCCCUCAGCGAGCUCUGCUGCCUCUUCUGCUGCCCGCCCUGCCCGAGCCGGAUCGCCGCCAAGCUCGCCUUCCUGCCGCCCGAGCCCACCUAUGUGGCGGUGGCCGACGAGUCGGGCAGCUGCUGGACCCUGCGCUUCACCGAGCGCGCCGAGUGGCAGUACGGCCAGAGGGAGCUCGACUGCACCGACAUCUUCCUCACCCGCACCAGCCGGGGAAACAGGAUCGCCUGCAUGUUCAUCAGGUGCUCGCCCACUGCCAGGUUCACCCUUCUCUUCUCCCAUGGAAAUGCAGUGGAUUUGGGUCAGAUGAGCAGUUUCUACAUUGGCCUAGGCACCAGAAUCAACUGUAACAUCUUCUCCUAUGACUACUCAGGGUAUGGAGUCAGCAAUGGGAAACCUUCUGAGAAGAAUCUGUAUGCAGACAUUGAUGCGGCAUGGCAGGCAUUGCGGACCAGAUAUGGCAUUAGUCCUGAGAACAUUAUACUGUAUGGGCAGAGUAUUGGUACAGUUCCGACGGUGGACCUGGCUUCCCGAUAUGAGUGCGCUGCCGUUAUUCUGCAUUCUCCUCUGACCUCAGGAAUGCGAGUGGCGUUCCCAGAUACAAAGAAAACGUACUGCUUUGAUGCAUUCCCUAACAUUGAUAAAAUCUCCAAAAUCUCAUCUCCUGUGUUGAUUAUCCAUGGCACCGAAGAUGAAGUGAUCGACUUCUCUCACGGCCUUGCGUUGUAUGAGCGCUGCAUGAAGGCAGUGGAGCCAUUGUGGGUAGAAGGGGCUGGUCACAAUGACAUUGAACUCUACAGCCAGUACCUGGAACGCCUCCGAAAGUUUAUCUCGUAUGAACUGGUGAAUGUGCAACGGAAUUGAACGCAACCCAGAACAAAGAUUUUGGAAAGUCUAUUUUUUCAGGAGAACUUUGGAUAGUAUCAGAAACACAAACACAACCAUGAUUUUUUUUUUAAUUCACAUUGGGUGCUAGUACAGGUAAAGCAUAGAAAACAAAUGUGAUGCAACAAUUAGUCUCGACAAUUUUGCUAAUUAUUUACAACCAUAGUAAAUAGUUACUUUUCUAUUUGUAAGCAAUUGUAGGGAUGAAGCAAGAGUAAAGAUGAAUUUGUCCCUUUUAAGAUGAGGCCCUCUAAUGCAAUAUGUUUGGUAAUUUUGGCUAAUGAAUAGAGAAUUGUAGUGUAUUUCGAACAGUUCUGAGUCCUCAAAUACAGUAAGUCAUUCUUGGGUCACUAUUUUAAGAUGGCUAUUACCUCAUCAAAAAGAAAGAGGUUGUUUUCUCAAAACUUAGCCAAAACGACCAUAGUAUCUGCAUUGCAAAAUUCUGCUCUUAAGAGGUAACUCCAUUUUACGAUUUUCUCAUCCAUUAAUAUUGAGAAUGUUUAUCUGUCAUAUUGAUAUCAGCUGGUUGUGUAUCAUAGCCUCUCCCAUUACUCCUACAUAAACUGCCAUCUCUUAGCUCCAUUUAAACGUGCUAAGGAGUAGGGAGGAUUUUGGAACUUGCUGCCAGGCUGCAUCGAGUUGUUUUGGUAGUGCGGUUAGAAAUAGUAUAAUUAAGUAUGGAGAAAGGUGGCCCAAGACUGUGAUUAAGGAAAUCAUGAUUGUGGAGGAACAAGCCUGUAUAGAAUCUGCCAGAUUGGUGGGGGUGGGGGGAAGAAACAUCAAUAUUCACUAAAAUUUAUUUAAUAACUACUAAUAAACGUGGUUCGGUUUAAGGCUGUGAAUGUUCAGUUAGUUUCACAGCUCAGUGUAUCAAGUGUUCACACAUUAUUACUUCUGCCAUUCCUGUAGACAAAGGUGAGGUUUAUUCAGUGUCAAAUGGGGUGCAUUUUCAAUAUCUGGUGCAGUCGACCACAUUGCCAACCAUGCUGCUUUUCACAGCAUGGAUCUCAUGCUUUGAGAAAGCUUGGGGACACCGAGAUGUCCAUCAACUGGUUGGCAGCAACUUGGUAGCUCCAUUAAAGUUUGUGUCGAUGCUUAUGGCUUCCAUUUCAUAUUGCAAGCUGUCAAAGCAAUCAAUAUUAAAUUGAUUCUGAGACCCAUCUUUAUGAAAUUUCCCUUGUGGUUCAGUGGAUGAGUGUACUGCACAGUUUCAAACAGAGCCAUAUAGACCAGGAGGCAGGAGGUUCCGGGAUCUGAGCGUAUGCUGAGUUAGAUGAUCUCAGCUGUAGUGAGCUUAGACAAAUUUGAAAUCUCUCUCCUGGCAUGGGGGGUGGUGGUGGGAUUAGCUAGGGUUUCCACUCCUGAUUGCUUUCCAUUGACUUCUGCUAGAUCUCAUGCAAAUCUGUGGGUGUUGGGUGAGGAUAAAAACAGGCAUGUCUCUGAUUUCCAACCCACCUUCUUCCCCCUCCCCAGCCUUACAUGGUCAGUGCUUGCACUCGUCACUUGGAUGAGGUGAGGGGCAGCCGUUGCAUGUGGAACUGUGUCCCAGCAUGAGUCGGGCGCUUUCAGGAGAGGGAAGAACAAAACUGGAGAGGCGAAGAAACAACAGUCCAUCUCAUACUUGCUAACACUCAGCAAGAUUGAAUCCAGUAAAUUAUCUUGCAAGAUUGCCUGGAUAAUAGAUAUAACUGUAAUAUAAUGAACAGAAUGAUUAUCUAUAAGUGUACAGUAAAUCAGUUUUAAAUCUACACUACUGCUUGUUCACAUUAUAUUGAAUGGACAAUUUUUUUUGUAUCUUUUUCAAUCUGUAAACACUAGAACCUGGAGCAACUAAACAUGGCUGAUAUCCACUAAUUUUAUAAAUAUCAGCAAAUAGUAGAACUGAAAAUGAAAUAAACAGGAUCUUUACCUGGAAUUGUGUGGAGCCCAGCACUGCUAGAUUUAAAAAUAGCCCUCUAUAAUCCAUAGUUUUAGCCUAUGCUGAGAUUGUAUUCAUGCCAUUUAACUCAUUGGGUUACCAGUGUGAAAAACCGAACAGCUUUCGUUCUGGUUACUAUCCAAUGACUUUCAGGGGACGUCUUGAGUGCCUCACCCUGACUGUGGGCAGAAACAGACGUUGUGAUGCCCGCAGAGUUGAACAGUUUGAUCUCGCUCGCCAUCUGGACUCUCAUCAUGGCCAGUUGGCUGAGAUGCCAGAGUGGUGUUGGCGAAACAAAAUUCGGUGCAUGCUAAACAAAGAAUCAUUGGAUGAGGGGGGAGAUAGAAAAAGUAUCAAAUUUUAAACUGUGACAGACUAGAAACUGACGUCUGUGACAUUACCAAAUAAGUACUUGAGGCAUCAAUGGAAUAUUGCUGAGUUGGCUGUCUUAGUUCAGUAUGUUUUAAGGAGGUUAACCCCUUUGUUAAAAUGUGAAGACAGCAGCAAUGGACAAAUUAACCACUUCAUACAUUUUACAUGCUAUUUUGUAGGCUGAGUUGGAGGGGUGUGGGUAGGCUACUAGAUUAAUUUCUGGGAAUUGGUGUUCUUUGCAACCUGCAGGUGUGUGUUUGCACCAUCUUGAUAUUAUGAGCAUUAUGGUUACUGUAUAAGUUUUGAUACAACCAGUAUCAGAAGGUGGAAAUGAUUUAAGUCAAAUAUUGGUUCUAAGGGCAAAUGUAUUUUUAAUUAUAAUUGACGCACAUCUCUAAAUCUUAAAUAUUAAAGCGAGUUGUUAAAAGGUGUGAGAAUUCCGAUGCCUUACUCCCAAUUGACAGUUAGGGGCUGUGUGUCACAAAACUGGGUGAUCACAAGGUGAUGGUGUGCAGUUUCACUGUAUGCCUUCCUGAGAGUGGUACAGUGAAUGCCUCACCUCUGACAUAAUACCAUUUCGUGUUCAGUACGUAACAGACAUGCAAUCAUCCAAGGUGGUCAUGUAGAAGCCAGACAUAGUCUGAAUGUAACUGUUUACCAUCCGCACUUCUUAGUCACCAUUCGUUUCCCUUGGAGGCUGCUGUUGGCGACCUUGCCACCGGAUUGUUCUCUAUUUUGAAGCAAUUAUUGCUUGCGAUGACAACAAAGAAAAUUCUUAAUUGCAACUUACUAAAUGCAUUUAACAGCAAAUUUUGACAAAGUAGUUAUUCUAUUAUUUUAGAGUAGGAUUUCCAAAAACAUAUGCUAUUUACAUUGGUACUGAAGAGCGUACAAAACAUGGAACAAAAUAGCUUGCUGUUUGCUGCUACUUUUUGUCAGUAUAGACUACUGGAACUUUAUUGAAUGAAUCUUGUUCUAUAUUGAAAGCCAAUGAUGUAUUAGUAGAACUGGGAGGAUCCUUGCAUUUGAAACAUAAUGCCAGUCAUUUUGGCAAGUGCAACAUGAGAGCCAUAUUUUGCUAGCUACAUUCACUAUUAUCAAGCAAUGGGCUCACCAGUGAGAUAAGUAUGAGGAUUCCCAAAUUUACUGAAGUGUGAUGUCACAAUUUAGUAAAAAUUCUUGAAACUAUGAUGGCAUCCAUCAUUAAGGACUCCCAUCUCCCAAAACAUGCCCUACUAAUUUCUCAAUGCUAUCAUGGGGGAGGCGAUAGAGGAGCUUAAAGACGCACAAUCAAUGUUUUGAGAACAGCUUCUUUCUCUGUACCUUCAGAUUUCUGAACCUAUGUACUGUUGAACCCCUCAUAAUUUUUGCUCUCUUUUUUCACUAUUUAAUUUUAUAUAUACAAUUAUAUAUGAUUCUAAUUUAUAGUUUAUUGCAGUGUACUGCUAUUGCAAAAGAAAAGGUUUCAGAACAUACAUCAAUGACAUUAAACUGAUAAUGAUUUUCUGAUUGGAAAUGUACCAGUGCCUCUGCAAGUCAACCUGUCCAUUGAUUGUGGAAAUAUUUAGGCAGUAGAUGUAAGCUGCUAGGAGAAUGCAUACGAACAUUCUGUAUAUUGAUUUAGGUGAAUCAAAGGAAACUGAUUGUCUGCUCCAAAGUGAAAGUGCUGACCUACACUGCAAGCCAGGCAGGUGCAGUACUAUGCAAAAGUCUUGGGCACAUGGAUAGCUAGGGUGCCAAAGACUUCUGUGCAGUACUGUACAUUAACAUGUUUCAAGGAUCAACUUUGUUCGCCAUAUAUAUUUACAUGUACUAGCAAUUUGCUGUGGUGUGUUGGUCAAACUGCAAUUUUCAACAAAAACAUUCAACAAUUACAAAGUAUUACUGUAUAUAAAAAUAAAGUUGGAGGUUAUGGAAUAAUAUGUGCAAGAAUACCAAUGUAUGAACAGCAUUACAA